AUGGGAUCGCAGUCCAGCAUUAAGUCAUCCGUAUCAUCGAUAAAAUCUCAGAACGUCGACCGAAGCACGCCAGCGGCGGCGAAGAGCAUCAAAAGUGGCGAAAGCAAAGACAAAAGAGCUACUAGCCCCCCCGCAGGCUGGUCGCUCUGGGGUUCCAGAAAUGAAGGGGUUCAGCAAUUACCGAGCGGCAAUCAGACGCAAGGCACAGCGGGCGGAAGUGCGGGCUGGUGGCGCAAACCAUCCAUAACCUCACUUCGCACUUUUGUUAAAAACGAUCCAUCAGCGGAUCAAGCCAACAAAGAUACCGCAACUGUACCUGAAGAGUCCGAAGAGGCGAAAACCUGUGCUGAACCUCGAAAGCGAGCAUGGUCCUUUUGGAAUCGCAAAAGCGCCGAGUGCGGCAACGAACAGCCCGCAGAGGUUUUAAAUUCGCCUGGAAGCAGCACCAAUAUUGCGAAGCCUGUGAUAAAUGAGAUUAUUACUGGAGUAUCAGAUGAUGCUCUUUUAUACAAGAAAAGAUCUAAGGAUGACACAGCCGGCGAGCAAAACCUGGAGAGCAAAAACGAGGAACAAGGCUAUUCCUCCAAUAUUCUUACUCCUCAGUUCGAAAUUUUGCCCGAACUCACCACAAUGGCCUCUAUUUAUUCGAGUAUUGGGAAGUACGGCCACAAAUGGAAUCUUCUGUCAAAAGAAAAAUUCCAGCCAAAAAGUUUAUAUCGCAUAGAACCGAGUGCAAGUAUUGCUUCGAUAAGAGCCAAUGCGAAAGAGCCCGUCAGGGUACUCUUGAUUGGAGUUCAUGGUUUCUUUCCCACUAAAAUGAUCCGGCCCUUGAUUGGCGAGCCCACGGGAACUUCUACUAAGUUCAUAACAGAGGCAGAAAAAGCGGUGAUACGGUGGUUUAGAGAACAAGACACCCCUGUCGAAAUUAGCAAAAUAGCACUUGAACGAGAGGGAAAAGUCCUAGAUCGCGUUGAAUUCUUUUUCGAAGUUCUUAAGAAAUGGGCCGAUGAGAUCAACAAAGCAGACUUUGUCUAUUUUGUAGCACAUUCUCAGGGCUGCCCAGUGACAAUAAUCUUGCUGGCAAGGCUAAUUGAAGCUGGGGUUAUUGAAGUAGACCAAAAUGGAGCUCAGUCGGGCAAGAAAAGUGGCCAGUCUCAGAGACGGAAAAUCGUAAGCGUGCUUGCAAUGGCUGGCGUGAACAACGGUCCUUUUUACGGAGUUGACCAGACACUUUUUGUCCGUGCCUACUCCACUAUCGAAAGUGAUUCGAUGAGGGAAUUAUUUCAGUUCCAAAACUUUCACUCCUUGCAAGCGAAGAAGUUCAUUCAGAGUUUGAGACUUAUUAUCGCUAGUAAUGUAAAAGUUACAUUUGUUGGCUCCAUCAAUGACCAGUUGGUUCCUUUGUAUUCUUCAACAUGCUUAUUCGCACAUCAUCCAAACAUAUUUAAGGCAACCUUCAUCGACAAGGACUCCAAAACUCCUGAUUUUAUAACUCGCAUAGUGGGCAUCGCCAAUCACCUGAAUAACCUGGGAUAUGAUGAUCACGGAAUCAUAAAGGAAGUGAGUGGAUCACUGGCUGGCACCCUUACAGGCGGUGGACACUCCAAGAUUUACAACGAAGGACAGGUCUAUGAUUUGGGAAUCAAAUUCGCACUACAAACCUCUGAAUUACCAACUCCCCAAGCUGUUGCCUAUAAAACAUAUCAAGUUGAUGAGUUGGGCUCCAACCCUUACCAUUUGCCGUGGUGCAUGCGCGGCUUGCUUUAUGAAACAGGCCUCCACAUAGGCAGAGAGCAAAUAGUUGAUCUAUUUCAUGAGUUUGACGUUUGGGAGCCCGAAACAAAGCUGCUGAAAGACGUAAAGUACAGGCUCAGUGGUCUUCGGUCGAAACUCUAG